AUGGGGAGAGACUUUCGCCACCAGCUCACCGGCAGAAAGGUCUACCUCUGUAUCCAAUGCAACACCCACCUGACGGUUCACAGCGAGCUCAUCAGCAAGUCCUUUCGAGGUCGCACGGGUGCUGCAUGGCUUUUCGGCAAAGUCGUCAAUGUAUCGGAGGGCGCCUUGGAAGACCGCAACAUGACCACGGGAAAACAUACUAUUGCAGAUGUGUAUUGCAAUGACUGCGGAACGAACGUCGGAUGGCGCUACGAGUGUGCCUCCGACGCGACUCAAAAGUACAAAGAAGGAAAAUUUAUUCUUGAAAAGGCACUGCUGAAGAGUCUGGAAGAAGACGACAGCGGCCAGCAACGGUCCUCAUACAUGUCUUCCGGGGACCUCGACUACGAGUGA